AGAACUUUGGUGAAACUAUAACAACCAUAGAAGUAAAUAUAUCUAUGUAUUCACUUCAAUGAUAACAACAAAAGUUCAUAUUUUCCUCUUCGAAGCGACAAAAUUGUACAAUAUGUAAUGAAAAUGUUUUCUUUCUGGUCAAAUGACGAGGACGAAAAUUCAGACUGUGGCAAAAGUGACAAAAAAACAAAGAAAGGCAAAGGUGCACGAAUCAUAAUUCAUGGUAAACAAUAUUUCGCUGUUGUCUUGACUCCUUUGACACAAUUUCCGCUAAUUUGCGUUUCAGAGGGUAGACCACCUGUGAAUGAGCGAUAUGGACACUUCAGUAAAGACUUGAACACAUUUUCGAACAACGUUUUUCAAAACAAUCGUAACGCAAAAGUUUUAAAAGAAAAAACAAAGCAAAUGGACGACAUGCUUAAGGGUGUUUGGAGUGUACGAAAAGAUGUACGUGUCAAUAACCCAGUGAAAGCAUCGGACGUUAGUCAAAAAUCUUAUUACUCCAGAUAUAACAUGUCAAAAGGGGAAGAAGAAUCUAAGAAUGGAAAAAAUAGCUGGAACAAUAGAAGUGCAAUGAAAAAAUGGCAAGUUGAAAGACCAGAUUAUUUACAUGCUAAGGCUGUGGACACAGGUGAUAUAUUGAGUGAUGAGAAUGACACACAAAACACCUACAAUGAUGUACAACAAAAUAAUAUCGCCAACAUAUUCAAGGAUAACACAACAGGCAAUGCUCCCAAGCAAAGGGAAAUGUCCGCAAGAACAAAAAGCACAGAAGUUCAGCAAUGCUUACCUGAGAUCAACAGGAAUGGGUAUCUAUACACCGCACGUGAUGAAAACAUCUGAUAAACGUCAUAAUAAACCAUGGAAAAGCUGACGCCGACUAAAAUGCGCAUUGGUGGACUACAUCAUAAACAAACAUCAGCAUCACAAAUUGUAUCAUAACGCAAAUGCGCCAACUGAUAAAAGUGUGAGCAAAGUAUCGUCGCCUCAAAAGAACUAGUCAGCAAUUCUAACUAUGAGCACGGCGAACUUUGUACACCACUUAAUCUGACGUUUUCUUUUCUCUAGCUUUUUGAAUAAAAAACUAUAAAUAAUGUUAAA